CUCAGAUCCUGUGAAUAAAAAGAAGAUUGGGAGCUGAAGUGAAGGCUUGGAAAGGGGAGAACUGUGGAAAAAGAGAUGAAAAAGUGCAGAUUCAUCUUAUGGAAAUGCUGUAAUUCAAUUCCUGUGAGGGAUCUCACUUCCUGGAAAGCGUCAGGUCUGCACACACACACACACGUACAAUGUGUUUCUCAAGGUGCAAUUCCUUCUUUCUUAUCAGAGUUGUAAAGACUUGUGUAAGGUCACCACACCUCAACAGGAGCAGCUGGGCUUCUGAAGUUUAUUAAACUGAAAGAUUUGAGAGGAUUCAAAGCUAAAAAGCAGACGUGAAGAUUGGAUUUCUCCAGAUCAAAGGUGUCCCAUCACAGCACCAUCAUGACUAAACCAACAACAGAUGACAUUUACGCCUACGCUCUGUCCAAGACCCUGACAAAGGUUUCGGCUCCAGCGACCGUAGGGCUCUACUCUCCCUGUCAGGAUCGCAUUAACCUGAUCCUGGAACAAAUGGAAGAGUGCAUGAACCGCGAAGCCUCCAGGAUCGAGCGGAAAUGUGAUAAAAGACGGAAACCUCGUUCAGCGAAGCCUUCCUGUGGUGACCUAAUGGCCCUUAUUGGACGACUGCUUUUCUUCAGACCCGUUUGGACCACAGAGAGCCAGAACUACAGUAACAUCAGGUUUCUUUAUGUACAUUUUAGUGCUUGGCAUUUUGCAGGCAGCGACCUGCUCUGGGCCGGGAUUGCCAUUCGGCUGUUUCAUGCCAUGCAGGUGUCUUUCGGGAAGCUACAGCUUGCCCUCUACCGUGUGGCUCAGCAUGAUGAAGAUAAAGAAGUCACAAAGAAGGUUGUUAAAAACGGUACAAAUGACUGGAUCUCCAAAAAGCUCUGCUGCUGCCCGCUGUGGAUUUUCAUCCUGCUUGUUGUUGUGGUCCCGCUUGUCAUCCUAGUGCUGUUCAUUUUUAAACUUUCUAAAGCAGAACGGGAAGUGAAUGGCACAAUUGUUGAAACAGAAGAUAACACACAUGGUGGAGUUGGCAUCCUGUAGAGCCUCCUCAUUGCUUCAUUAGGAGUCCCAGCAGCGAGGGCUUUGAUGUUUGCCUUCCAGAUGGGUAAGAACCUCAUCUUCAGCCAAGAUCUGAACAUUAAGAGGGGGAUGGACAAAGAGCAGAUCAGCAGCCAGCUGGGAUUUAUGAACGAGGUCAGGAAGGAAAUACGGUUCCUGUCUUGUUUUGUUCAGUUCAUGGAGGUUUUUGAGAGGAGGAAGAUUCGUAUUGUGCUGAAAAUCACUAAUCUGGAUCGCUGCCCGCCCAAGAAAAUCAUAGCCGUUCUAGAAGCCAUCAACAUCCUGCUUUCAGAUGAGGAGAGCCCAUUUCUCUCCAUCCUGGCUGUAAAUCCUCGUGUUCUGUUGGAGAAAGUCAACUUUGCAGAUGGAUGCUUCCUUAAAGAGGACAGAGCUUACGCACUGCUGAACCGCAUCGUCACCCUGGCCUUCACCGUCCCGCCACUCUCCAAAGACUUAAAACGUGAUUUAUUUUACUCUCUCACCGGCAGUCCAAGAAGCUCGGAGGAUUUGUCCUGCAGGGGGCGCACACACAGAAAAAAGGCAUCUUCAUCAGACCUGACAUUAGUGGAGGUGGAAGAGUCUAACACGCUGAUGAAUACGACACCAUCAGCAGUGGAAAUGAAGGAGGAGGAAAUGGAGACGCUGGUUGGGAGAAUCCUGACCAACACUGAAAGGAAACUAAACAAGUACAUGUCAGAUGAUACCACCAGCAUGAAGAGGAUAAUCAGCUCUGUUUGGGUGACAGUGAUCAUCAUGAAGGUCUUACAGAAAGAGCUUCCAAACCCAGAGAACGUUGCAGCGUGGGUGGUGUUGGCCAAUCAGUGGCCUUGUCGACUCAGUUGGAUCAUCCAGUGCGUGGAGGAUGCCAGGCAGAGGGCAGCGAUCGAUCGCAAGAGUUUGUCCUUUGAUCACUCAAAGACCUUGUGGGAAGUCUUCAGCGAGUCCAGGGAGGAGCUGUACGUGAUGAGCGCAGACAUCAAGGACCUGCUCGAGCAGGACGGAGAUCCAGAGCUGUUUGAAGAAUUGCUCAAAGAGGAUGAUUUUGAAUUCACUUUAAACAGCUUGGAGACAUUUCAGCUGGCCAUGGUGAAUCUGGAUCAGUCUAUUAGGGGCGAGCUGGCUCUCAUCAGAGGGACGUCCAGGCUGAAAGACUCGGGUUGGAUGAGGAACAUAGCACCCCUGCCGAUUACAACCCUCAUCAAGAUGAGUGCAGAGGAAGUGUGUGAAGAGAUGAAAAGGAUGGAUUAUGACAGCAGGUACAUUGACAUUGUGAAAAACAAUAAGCUGACUGGAUCUGCGCUGGUCUUUGGAGAUAUAAAUGAUCUUAAAGCCCUCCUGGGUAUGACCUUUGGUGAAUGGGCAACUUUCAGACUGCACUUCCUGGCUCGACGCCCACAUAUCAAGCAACAAUACAAGAACAAGCCACCAGCACCAGAUUAUUCUAAAAACCAGCUGCACCUCUUCCAAACUCAUCAGGCACACUUUUAAUACAAGUAUCCUUAUGAGCUGGUUUGCAUCUUGGUGCAGAAACUGCACAAAGAACCUGCAACAAGUAGCGAAACUGACAGAGUCAUCGCGGUCUCGCUUCGCUCUCCCUGGAGACCUUCUUCAAGGAGGUAAGCAGGAGAAAAUCCUUCAGUGUUCGGUCUGCCUAUAAACAGUGUGACCUCAUGCUACCUGGAGGAAGAUAUUGCUUCAUUAAAGUCAGAACAUCCAGAAUCUGAAUCAGAUUUAUGGCUGCUGAACUCAUAGCAACCCUCCUCGGGACAGAAGAAAUGCAUUUCAUUCUCUCAACACAGUUCAGAAGACUUGAAUUGUUUUUUAACUUGGCCAAUUAUCCUUUAUUACUUGAAGGACAGUUGUGUUUAAUUAUUGUUGUCACCAACCACCAAAAAGCAAAAGGUAGGCGAUGUUGGUUUUGCAUUUGUGUACUGUGCGUUAGCAACAUAUUUUAUGAACAACUGAACAGAUCUUAAUGAAACUCAAGAGAACUGUCAUUAUAUGUGCAUCUACAACCAGUUACCCUUUUGAGUCAACCCAUUUCAAGAUGGCCACCACAGCCAACUGACAUUAGUCAACGUGCAAAGAGGAAGUCAGUCAAGUUUCUGCAGAUAUCCAGCUACAAUGUAGAGCAGGAGUGUCGAACUCAAAUUCACACUGGGCCAAAAUGAAAAACCGGGACGAAGUCGCGGACCAAACUCAAUAUUGUUUUGACGGUGAAUGUGCACAUUUUCCUUUAUCUACAGAUAUGAACCGUUGAACUUUUUCAUUUGGAAACAAACUUAUUUUUGCAGUAACACUGAGGCCUAGUCCACACGUAGCCGGUUUUUUUUUAAACGAAUAUCCGCCCCUCCAAAAACUUGCAUCCACAACACCUCGUUUUAAAAAAAAAACUCUGUCCACACGUACCCGGAUAAAUACGUUGUUAAGGACAUGCCAGACCUGUAGGCGGCAGUACUUCCCCCGUUCUUAACCUCGUCCUUCGUCUGUGGUCUUCCGCAAGGAGCAGUAAUUCUGCUUGCAAAAACAAACAAGCAAAAAGCGCUUGGACAAUUGAUAAAGCAAGCGCAGCUCUGAGGGCAUCCGUGCUGUCGGCUAGUGUAAACACAGGUCGCACACGUGAUGUCAGCAUUUUUUGUCGCGGAAAGUGACGUUGCGGACCUUAAAACUUCGGUUUUGUCUGUCCACACGCAGACACCCAAAACGGAGAAAACGCAGAUCUUCACUUUGGCCGGAGUUUUUAAAAAGAUCCAUUUUCGUGUGAAAAAACUCCGUUUUCGUGUGGAUGACAGGUCAAAACGUAGAAAAAUAUCUACGUUUUGGCAGAUCCCCGGCUACGUGUGGACAGGGCCUGAAUGUGGAAUAACCAAAUUACACACAGGCAAGUCAAUUUUAAAUAAAGCACACAUCAGUGGUAUUCGUUACUUAUGUCUCAAUAUUGUUUAAAUAUUUUAUUCCUUAAAAUCUUCAUACAUUCAGCAUUUCUUCUUAUUCUUUAUCUUUUGAAUGUUUUAAGUGUUUCUAUUUUAUGUUUUCUUGUUUAUUCUUUAUUUUUUACUCUCUUUGUUGCUCCUGUAAUGAAUGUCAUUGCUGCUGUGACACCAAGUUUUCCCCACUGAGGGACAAUAAAGGGAUUUUCUAUUUUAUUUUUAUUCUAUUCUUCUAUCUGUAAUCUUUCCUGUUUUAAAGUAGGUUUAAUUUAUUUUCACAUGCCAACAACAGAAAUAAAAAAUAGCAAUUCUCUUAAAUGAAAA